CGACAGGCCACGCUGUGGUGAGCACGUCUUUUCACGCCUCUCCUGAAAGUACUUCCAUCGGCUUUACUUCUCUCUCUCGCACUCCCUUUUCCCCGGGAGAUCGGGGCACCGUGGACCUCCGCCCUUUGACCGCAAGUUCUCAACCUGCAAAACGCCACGGGAUUCUCAGAAAGACCCUCCCGCAUACAAUCUCAUAAGGCAAUCAUUCUAUUCGCGAAUUAAAAGUCUAUUCGGCUCUUUUACUCCUCCCGGAUUAACAAAAUAACACCAAGUCUCUGCCCUCAACACUUGAAAGGGAAUCGGAACCCCCCAUCCCACCAACCCCAGAAGCUCAAAUCCGUUCAGUGCUUCUACAACCCAAAGACGCAUCUUAAAUUCAAACUAAAUUUUUGAAUAAAAUCCCAAAAAUUUGAGGUGGCCUAAACUGAUGUGAUAUCCGAUCCCAACCUCCUCAUCCUGGCGGUGGCAUCUACCUCAGAAGAGUCAGCACGUGUGGGCAAUUUUUUAUUGCCUUCGGAGAACAGCCGAAACACCUACAAUAUGCUAAAGGUAUAGUCAGUCGCAACAUUUUCCGUUGGGAACAUUAUUUUCCAGAUAACAAAUAAAAGCAGGAGAUAUUUAUGUCACUUUGCGUUCAUUGUCUCUGAAGGAUCACAUAUCUUAAGAAGCCAAAGUUAACGAACUGUUUAAAAAAAUUCAUUCAUGACCUCAAUUCUAAGAAGAAAAUAUUCUUCACUGUGAUGAGAAUCUAGAGAAGGCAGAGUAAAGAUAUUCAAGAUAACAAUCCUUAAAAUACAUCAUUCGUAAGACGAAGUUUUUCAUUAAAUGCCUUUUAUAUCACGAGAAACUGAAAUGAACACGGAAGGAAUUUAAACAUACGAAACAGAGCGGAGAGAAAUAUAUGACAUAAAAUUGUGACAUAGUAUAGUGAUAAAAUUUCAUUCAAUCUCUUUUAAGAACGAUGAAAAAAUAAUAGACACAGAAGCAUAAUUCAAUCGUGGUAAAGUGUAAUACACAAAAACGCUCAUAUAUUAUAUAUUCCCAUUCUGAGAGAACAGAAUACAGGGCCAUUUCCAAAUGAGACAAGUGACAAUCGUAAUAUGAAAUAAGAAGAUAACAUUCCUUAUAUUCAAAAUAAUACACAAAUUAAAAGCAGAGAACCACAAAUAAAAGAAAACAUAACAGUCAAUAAAACGCCCGAAUUCAAUCAUUUCUGCUAUAACAGCUUUCAUUUGGAAAAUCCGGAAACUUGCAAGUAAAUACCCUAAUUUUAUUUAAUAUAUGAAAACUUAGAAGACAACAAAGUAAAAGAUUAUAUUAUCGUUCAACAGAAUAAUCGUUAUCAAGAAAAUUAAUAUAAGAUACAUUUUGAUCAGAAACGAAAACUGAAAUAAGCGAUAAUUUUGGAACGAAGAACACAAAUAAGUCAAUAAUAACAUCGGUCGCUGGACAGACACUUUUUUCACGAAUAUACAUCAUUGGCCGGGAUAACUUCGAAAGCAGAAUUAUCAAAUUAGCUAUUCAGCGGAAAGCAUCGAUCUCGAGAAAAUUAAACUGAGGGGGGCAAAACAGGAACGCGAAAAAGUAAGACAGAGGGAAUAUCAAGCAUCAAGAAAAGAGGGCGAGACCAUUCACCCAUAGAACGGAGAGCGUGGAGGAGAAGAGAUACGACCAGUCUCGGGAACCUCAACUCGACUUCUCCCUCCAGUCUUCUUCGCUCAUUCCCCUCACCUCCCUCCCCUCCCCUCACUCUUCUGCCUUUCCUCCUCUUUCCAGUCCUGUAUCAAUCCUGUACCCGACGGCAGCAAAUCCCAUUGAUGCCAUAUAAUUGCAGCUAAAGGGUGCGGCCGGCGUAUGUUUCUUGACCGGCAAAUCUCCUUCGACGCUUGACCUAAUCAAAACUGGUCGAGACAGUGUUACCCUUCAUUUUUACUUAAAUAAUUCUGUUGCUUGGUUCAAUACAUCAAGACAGGGUUGACGUUCACGUACUUCAAAGGAUAGACUGCCCGACUGAAUGAUAUAAAAAUAAAAGGUGUUGCAACGGCUAAGGUCAUUGAAAGCGAGAAUCAUAAUUUGGCCCAACAAGGAGAAGCAUUCUGAUAGAAGAUUUUUUUUUUAUUUCCAAAGAAGAAAAUUCAGAGGUGGGAAAGCGUUGAAGACCAGCCGGUACACUCACUUUACUAGACCGGCAGCGGCAGAACGGAAGGCAAAGAGCGAGCGAAGAUUUCAACCUUUCUUUUUCCUCCUCGUUCUUCCAUCUCCUUCUUUCACCGGAAGAAUAACGAAGAAGUGGAAGACCCAAACAAGAAUUAUACUAAUUUUCUGAGGGGAUAUCUGGUGGAAAUUACGAGUAGAUCCCAGGACCUGGGUCUACAGCGAUUUAGCGACCUCCGAAAAACUUCAGAGCGGAAUAAAAUAUAUCCUAUAAACUUAUCAGAUUCCUAUAGAAAAACAAUGAGGAACUGCAAGUAUUACAAUACCAAAACCCUAAGGAACCUUAACACUUUCAGUCCCAGGUAAACUUCAGUUAAAAAGGGGAAAUGGAUUGAUUUAUGUAAUGUACAUGAAUACCACUAAAAAUUUAACCUUGAACAAUUCACUCAGAAAUACCGAACUUUUAAUAAAACUAUAAGUUUAAUUUGAAAAAAAAAAAAAAAAAAAAGAAUACUCCUUCAGUCAACAGCCUAUACGCAUCGCCUCACAAAAUUAACUCAGAUGCAGGUAAUAUAAGAAAAUGAUAUAAGACUUAGAUGCAGUUAAUUACGAAAAUUAUAUCAUAUAAAGAAUAAAAUAAUCUGUUUCUUGCAAUAAAAAUCUUCAGAAAUUUUCGUCAUCACCCAAAAAUCGAAAGCUACAAAGAACCUGACACCAUACCAUAGGACGUAAGACAUAAAUAAUUCUAUAUCAAUUGUGGGAAUUAAAAAAAAUAAUUAUUACAUUUUGUAGUGAAACAACGAACCUUCCAAUAUUAUAAAUGUACAUAAAAUAGGUAAUCGCAGUGUGAAGUGUGUAUGUGCGUUUGUUUGUGUGUGUAUUCAGUGCAUUCCUGUCUCUGCAACGCCGUGGUCAAGGUAUCGCCGUUGACGGUCGAGUCGCAAAGCGGAGGGAGAGAGAGAAAGAGAGAGAGAGAGAAAUAGAGAGAGGGAGAGAGAGCGAGAACGACCGGGAGCUUAUAUUACAUAAUAUGUAUGUUUCGGUUUUCCCUUCGACGUUAUCCAUUUAGCCCCUCGGAGCAUAUCUGAAGGAGGAGGAAGUUCGUGGAGCGGAUCUCCUUCCACUCGCCGACUAAGGACAAAUCUUCUGGCCAAAUAAUCUUCACAAAAGAACGCGAAAAUGGUUCGUUUAUCAUCGACUCGCACUCGCCUCCUUGCCGAGACCGUCGUAGCCCUGAUCCUCUUCGGCACAGGGUCUGCUCAGCACGUCUACACAUCACAGUCUUACCGAGUUGUGAGCUACGAACCCGAGUUCUUGGAGCCACUAAAGAACGUGACAGUCACAGAGGGAAGAGAAGCCACCUUCACCUGCGUGGUCGACCACCUUGGAGGUUAUCGGGGCCAAUGGGUCGGGGUCGCAUGGAUCAAGGCGGACACCAAAGCCAUCCUCGCCAUCCACAACAGGGUCAUCACCCACAACAACCGGAUGAACGUCAUCCACUCCGACCACAAGACCUGGGAGCUCAAGAUCAGAGACGUCAAGCGCAACGACUCGGGGGAGUACAUGUGCCAGAUCAACACCGACCCCAUGAAGAUGCAGGUUGGGUACCUGAACGUCGUCAUACCACCGGACAUCGAGGAGAAGGACACGUCCGGGGACGUGAUGGUGCCGGAGGGCAGCACCGUGAAGCUGGCCUGUAAGGCCAAGGGUUUCCCGGAACCGCGCAUUGAAUGGAGGAGAGAGAACGGGAAGUCCAUCGUUCUGAGACCACCCAACCAACCCAAAAAUGAAGUGUUGCUGUGGGAGGGUCCCGAAUUGAUGAUGGACAAAGUGGCCAGGGACGACAUGGGAGCCUACCUCUGCAUCGCCAGCAAUGACAUCCCACCAGCUGUUAGCAAACGCAUAGUAGUGCAGGUGCACUUCCACCCCCUGAUCCGGAUUCGAGACCAGCUAGUCGGAGCACCUAUAGGAACCAACGUCACCCUGGAGUGCGAGGUAGAGGCCAGUCCAAAAUCAAUCAAUUACUGGAGCAAAAUACAGAACAGCACAGGUCCGCAGAUCGUCAACAGCAGAAAGUACAUCAACGAGGAGAUCGUGGUCAACGACUACACCCUGAUCAUGAAGUUGACCAUCAAAAAGCUCGAGCUGGAAGACUUCACAGCUUACAAAUGCACCGCAAAAAAUUCGCUGGGAGAGGUCCAGGGGACGAUCACGCUAUACGAGAUCCAGCUGCUGAAGCCCAUGACGACAGCCCAGGACCCAAUAGUGGACACGAUCGGCCACGAGAUCGACCACAUCACCGACAACAACAUCGACAUACCCCGCUCGCACGACAGGCACAGAGGCGGCGAUCACGCCCCUCGCCAGAGCAUCCAAAGUGUCACCAUACCGACACCGCCCUCACGCCCGCGCAACACCCACCAGGUGCCCUACUUGCCUUCCGAGAACGAGAUACUCCCCGACAGCAGCACCUCCGUCUGCCCUUCCACCUUAUUGCUGCUCAUAACGACGCUGUCGGCACUCGCCCUCAAACUAUGGACGUCAACAUAGGUGAACUCAAAGGAUUCAUAGUUUCAGAUACAUCAGCAGCAGCAUUAUCGUAGUUAGCGUUACCCUACGACCUGCAAGUUCGGAAAGAGAGAGAGAGAGAGAGAGAGAGAGAGAGAGAGAGAGAGCGCACAGUUAAGGUCAUCACCUGGAACAUGAUUUCCUUGGUUCUCACUGAUAUACGCUCCCCUCCUUUGACUCGUAUUUCCUACAGCUCUGACCUUCGUUCGAAAAACCGCUUCAGUCCCUCAACAGGGGUGUGUGUGUGUGUGUGUGUGUCUUUAGACGGCUAUUCGUGUAUCUGCUCAAAUGCUUAUUGUGUAUAGUGACCUGCACGUCUUCGGGGACGGCUGCUGGCUACGUAAUGAAGGGAACUUCGACUUGUAUGCCUUCGAGAGAGAGAGAGAGAGAGAGAGAGAGAGAGAGAGAGAGAGAGUACCUCGUUGGCUACAACUGUACUGUGUAACACAUAUUCGUAUUAGCAUUAAAUGGAAUAUUUGUAAUAUAAUAACUAUAAUACAGUCUUUGUUCUUCUGCGAUGAGACAAUGUGAUCCCACCCAAAUAUAAUACUAUAAUAUAAUGCUCAGAGUGGAACCCAGGAGGAUUCAUAGUGAUAGACUUGAGCUUUAUUCCAGUCCAAGUGGAUGCACGGCACUCUACUCUCCCCCUCUAUUGACGAUGUAGACUGAUGAUGGAGAGCGUGCAUGAAAGACAUACGCGUGCAAAUAUA